CUGUUUUUCUUUUAAAAUGUCGAUUUUUCUCACAAUAACGUGAUUGUCAAGUCAACAGUCUCCAAAAUAAAAAAUGAAAAUUCAAAUUCUCAAAAAAUGCGACGCCCCAAAAUCAACAAAGACAAGCCACAUCAACUCGAUUUACAGUUUGAAGUCGAAACGUUUCAGUACGAUUCUAUCGAUUAAGUUUUGUGUUUUUAUUUGAAAUGUUUUGAAUUCGGAAGACAUUAAAUACACGACAGAUAUGGGUUAUUUGACUCUUUGUAAGGAUUGUGUAAGAAUUCUUACGUUCUUGUAGAAACUUGGAUACAGUUCACUGUGUUUCCUGUUUUAAAUAAAAAAUGUGUUGGAGAAAAGCCUUACCGUGCCCUACCAAUCAACCAAAAGACAAAUUAAAGUCACAAUGUGAAGCUUUUUAUAAAUGUGACGACCAUGGCGAGUAUCUGAUAAAAUGGCGAUGUACGGAACGAAACAUUCUGCUGAACCAUACAUUGUGUUAUGGAAACGAAAAGGAUCAUUUGUGUCCGCCACCUGUAGUUUGUCCUAAUAAUAAUACGCCAUCUUUAACAGCGGAAAAUAAAUUCCCUACAGAUCUAAUCAUUGGAGCGACGCUGGGAAUCCUGUCGUUUUUCUCAAUUUUACUCAUAGUAUUCGCUGGUGUGAGGAAAUGUCACAGCACUAAAAGGGAGAAAUACCCCAAGAAUCAUCUCCGCCAUCUUGCCAAGCGUCGACUAGUUCCGGUAUUUAACGAUCCUGUUCUAGCCUAUGAUUUCGGUGUUUAUGAAAAAGCCUACAGAGUAUUUGAAAACCUCAGUGAUGCAUAUCAGUCAUCUUCGCAAUCCAGUAGACGACCAACACAACCGCAUCUUCCCUACUACAACGACCAGUCUAGUGAUAACGGUCUAUUCAGUAUUGAUGUCGAAGAUGAGAGUCGUUAUGAACCGUCCAUCAUUGCCGGAAGUUUCGUGUACCAUACGCCGAAUAAUUUACCACCCCAUCUAGCGGCGGAUUAUCCACAAGAUAACGUCUCGUAUGACAGUUUUAAAAACGAUCAUUUGUUCGAUUCGUCUGGUCGGGGCGUGAUCACAAGUACUUUGAAUAAUAAUCGCCAAACGCCAAACUUAUUUGGUUUAUAA